UAUAUGUUUAAGAGCAGAUUUACUAAAAGGAUCAUUUAUUAUGGCUACUGCAUCGAGUAUAGUUCCAACGGAAGGGAAAGCCAGCUGUUUACGGCUCCUGGCUCUUACCUUCGACGGUGGGACGAUGGUUCUGAGGCACGUGUUUGAUCAAAACAUUGCUCCAAGUGAUUUACAAAAUACGCUAAACGAUCCAAACAUACGACAGAAAUUAAACGAUCUCAUUAAAAGGGGAAUAAUUACAACGAAACAACGAGAUGUCCUCUUUCCACAGACAGGUCAGGCCAGUUCAGAGGAGUUUGAUGUGACAUUGUUAACGUGCUUGCUAAGGUACAUAUCCGGCCUUGAUGAGCAGUCACAGUGGUGGGGGAAUCGCAUACCUCCCUCGUUUGAAACGUCAACAGAAGCCGAUAUCAACAGACUUAAACGAUUAAGAAAUGAGUUAUGCCAUUUGACCUCGCUCUGUCUUAAGAAAGAAGAUUUCGAGAACAAAUGGACGGAAACGGAACAGGUAUUGCUCCGUUUGGGUACUGGAAUACCGCAUCUGUCUGAAAACAUUCAAAGGCUAAAGGAAGACAAUAUAGAUCCAGAAAGAGAAAAGCUUUAUGAGGAUAAAAUGAAGGAAGUUAAAGAAAUGAAUUCAAUGCUUCAUGAGGACAUGACUGAAAUGCAGACUUCAAUUAAAGAUAUUAAUGAGGAACUAACCGAGGUGAAAGAGACAGUAAAUAAACGCUCCGAUGAAAUAACUGAUAUAAUGAGACGACAGGACGUUCGAAAUUCACUUAGCACAUUUGAAUCAACAUUGAAACAAGCGGUACAAGACUUGCAGCAACAAAAGAAUCAGCAUUUAGAUAUACGUCAUAUUCUGAAUACCAUAGGAACAGACGUAGGUGAGAAUACAAAAAUGUCGUCUGAAUUGGAAAGCCUAGUUUCAAUGUCUAAACUCCAUUUAGAAGAUUUUAGCCAAGAUAAUGAAUAUAUUGUUACAACAAUCCACGAAACUGCAAGACAAAUGUUGGACGCAUCUGGUUGUCUCGUUCUAAGCGGGUUUCCAGGCGAAGGUAAAACCUACAUGGCCUCAAAAUUGAUAUCUGAAACAGUUCAGCCAGAUCGAUGUCUGAAAUUACGGGACUGGUCGGACUGGAAACACGUAGAUUUAAGUAAGAAUUUGUUUGAUACGAUAUUCAUUGAUGACAUGUUUGGUGCUGGCAUCUUAGACGAUAAAUUACUGAAGGGAUGGUCGCUGGUAAUACCCGACAUAGAAAAAGCACUGCAGAAGAAAAAGGUUAAGGUUAUCAUCACAAGUCGGCAUUACAUCCUGGAGGAAGCAAAAGAAACACUAUCCCACUUCAGCUUAUUCAAAAAAGAAAAUAUGGUAGUACUAUCAUCCUGUUAUCUAACGGAAGCAGAAAAAACAAAAAUGCUUGAGGCUCAUCUCAGAAAUACAAGCAAACACUUCGACAUUAGACUGAUAAAAAAGUGCAUUAUUUCCUAUAAUGUUACAUUUGAGCAAUUGCAGAUUAGAUAUCGAGAAAACGUUGAAAAUAUGAGUUCGCUUCAGGAGUUAGAUAAGAAAAUACCAUUCUUCGAACUCGAGAGAAUUCCAGUUAUGAUAGGGUUUCCGGAGACUGCUAGUCUAUUUUCUAGGAAUGACCAGUUGUUUCAACAAAACUCAGAUUUCUUUAGGAAGCCAGUCACUUUUUUUAAGUCAUGCAUGGAAGAUCUAUUCCGAAAACGCAAACAUUUCCUUGCUUUAAUUCUGAUAUGGGCUAGACCUGAACAUGCAUUAAAGAAAACAGAUUUGGAACCUCCAGAUAUAUCUGAUGAAAUUGAAAGAACAGCAGAGUACUUUGACUUUAAACUAAAAGGAAAAACAAAAGCGAUUUUACGAAAGUCAUUGAAAUACCAUGAAGGCGGAUUUCUUCGAUUCAAUCCAAAAACUGGUGUUUAUACAUUUUGUCACAACAUUGUGAGAGAUAUGGUAGGAGUUGUCGCUAGCCAAGAAUAUCCACAUGCAGCACUCGAAUUUGCAAGUGAAGAAUUUGUUAUGCAAUAUGUUACAACAGAUCAAAUGCAAAAUGACGGUUUACACGUCUUUAUUGAGGAGUUCAGAUUCACACAACUGAGACAAACUAUGUGCAAAUUAUUAGCAAAAGAGGCAGUUGCUUUGUUCGACUUCAGCAGCUUUUCCUUUGUAAAGGAUCCAGACGAUGGAGACGAGUCAAGACUUUUCAGAAACAAAAAGAUGAAUGCUUCUGUCGUAAAACAUGAUUGUUUCAAAAAUGACACAUUCGUGGAAACGUUUGUUUCAAGUCAGGAAGGUAAAGAUAUCUUGUCGAGAACUGUGGUUACUUUUGAUGGACAAUUUGGCCAAUAUGGGAUUCAUUUUGGAGAUAAACAGAUCCACAUAACUCUUCCGUCAUAUGCGUUAUGUUACAAAAACUCCACGAUACUCAAAAAGUUCCUGACACAUUUAUUCGAAUCAGCAGUACCUGACAAAAAAGAAUUUCUGAACAUCACGAUGUUGAUUGCCGUACAUCAAGGAAUGAGCGAUGUUGUUCAAUUGUUACUGAAAUAUGGAAUCGCAGUAAAUGAAGACGCAAUAUAUAUAGCUGCUGUCAAUCAACAUAUUGACUUGUUGUCGUUUCUAUUAGAAAAUCGUGCUGAAAAUUACGAAAAACAUUCAAAUAUCAUUAAUAGAAACAGUCCAUUAAUGGCUGUUGCGAAAAGGGGGUUCAUUCCGUCAGUAAAGUGCUUAGUUGAUCAUGGCGUUGAAGUCAAUUACAGAAACAUUAAAGAUGUUUCAGCACUUGAAAAAGCUAUAAUCUACAACCAAACAGAAGUCUGUGAGCUCUUGAUAAAUAAUGGAGCUAAUAUAAAUAUAAGGUCUACGAAAUUCAAACGAACACCUCUGCAUAUAGCUGCAGAUAUCGGUGUCAGAGCAAUCACCGAAUUAUUACUUCAACACGGAGCACAAUGCCAUGUAAAGGACUACCGUGGACAUUAUCCAAUUCACUGUGCGGCUAUACGUAGUAAAAACGAAACUGUAGAUAUUUUGCUGAAAACAGAAGACAAGUAUCAGUCAUCUCUUUGGCUUAAAUCGUUCGGCACAAGAUCUACAAUCAAAGGCAUGGACCUGUUUCAUAUUGCAGUAUGGAAGAACAAUACAGGUUUGAUAGACAUACUUCUGAACCACCAUAGGAAUCCUAACGUAACGGACUUUUAUGGCAGAACACCAUUAUAUCGGGCUGCAUUCGAUGGUAAAAUAGAAAUUGUUGAUAAACUUAUUGAUGUAUCGAAUGUUCUCAAAGCAGAGAAAAAUGGCUAUACACCGUUGCAUGCUGCAAUACAUCGUGGACAUACAGACAUAGCAAAACUUUUGUGCUCAUUCGCAGACAUCAACGUCCAAGACAAAUAUGGAAAAACACCUUUACAUACUGCCUGUGAACAAGUUGAUUUAACCAUGUUUAGAACUCUCCUGGAGGACUUUAAUGCGGAUGUUCGUAUGCUUACGAACAAGGGACUCACAGUUUUUGACAUUUUGAAGAAGAUUGAUACGUCUAUUGGUUUAUCAAUAUGGCCAAUGUUUUUCAGAAAAAAUGCAAAUUCUGAUCAUAAAGAAGACGACGAAUGCGUGGAGCAGCUAGGAAUAGAUGCUUUCAAAAACAUUAUUUUGCAAAAAGACCCAGAGUUUGUGUCAUAUUGUUUUCAAACUACUGAACAGGACAACAAUAUACCCUGCGAAACCAGUUCAACUUCAAACAGUUCACCUUCUACGGAGAUGCCAUUAUCGUCUUAAUUUCUUGAUUCGUUAUUGUCUGGCCUACUUUUAUCGGAAGCAAGACUAUGCGAUCGAAAUUCCGGCAAUGUCUCAAAAACUAUUUAUAUAUGGCAUUGAAACCUUGUAUGAUGGUUCAAAAGCUCAUUAAACUGUAGACUCACAAAGUCAGUUGAUAUCAAGUUAUGUGUAAUAAAGUUUAUUCUUUCUUCAUACUGACACUAAUAUUUUCCAAGAAAAACAUUUUCUCUCUAGGCUCAAUUCAACAGUCUCAACAGUUAGAGUCAGAGGUUAGAGAUGUAUUUUUUUCAGAAAGUGCUAUCACAGAGGAUUGAUUUAAUGGCAAAGUGCUUUACAUUUAAUGACUCUAACGAUUGAUGCUAGUCUAAUUAACCUACACCCACGGCGAGUCCUGGGCUUUCUGGUGACAUUGCACUUGAAAAAAUAGCAUUUUUUGUAUUUUUGACGCCUUUGAAAAUUCAUAAAAACGACAAUUUCUCUAAAAAAGCACGUUAUAUAUAUUGAUUUUAAACCUUGUAAACUCAUUUUACACUCCUGGUGUGAGUUCUGUGCCCCCUAGUGAUAUUGAACUUCUAGAAAUUAGCAUUUCUUUUAAAGGUUUUAUAACGCCUUUGAAAAUUCACAAAAACAUACCAUCUCAAAAACCAUUACAUAUAUUGCUUGAGACCUUAGUAGGAUGGCUCAAAAACUCAUGGUCAGUCUUGGGCCCCAUAGUGACCUUGACCUUGAUAAAAUUAACAUUAUUUCAGACUUUUUCGUCGCCAUUAAAAAUUCGCAAAAAUCACAAUUUCUCAAACACGUUACAUAUUUUGCUUUGAAACCUUGUAGAAUGGCUCAAGAAUAAUUUUACAUCCCUAUAGUGAGUUUCCCUAGUGACAUAGACCUUGGAGGAAUCAGCCUUUGGAAAUUAACAAAAAUAACAAUGUUUCAAAACAUUGUUACAGAUACAGCUUUGACACUUUGGAAGAUGUUUUUAAAACUCAUUUUGUAACUGUUUCAUGAGUCAAAGCUCAUGUCGGCGAAACACAUUCAGGCGGUGGCUUUGUUAUAACUGUAUUUAGUCAUAGUGUAAUAACAGGGGCUUCCGUAACCAAGGUCGGUGUAACACCCCGUUUGGAUGUUUUGUGCAGUUUGCAAGAUCCAUUACUCUAUGAUGAAUAACUUUUCCUUUUCUGAAGCAUAACUUGAAACGUACUGAAAACAUUUCAAUGAACAAUGAAUUAUAUGUAGAUAGCAGUCUCCAAUGAGAGCGAGUGCCGUGCAUUUGAGCCUUACCUCUAUUUUGAAAAGUUUUCAAAGUUUCGCGCCCUUCAUAGUUCGUUUUAUCUUAUUCCAAUAUAUCAAUGAAACAAAUUAAAGACAAAUACCAUUGAGAGGGCGUGUAGUACACUAGAACUAUAACUCUGUGUUAAAUAGUUUUCACAUAAACUCCUUUUUUGAACUUACUGUAAGUGUAUAUGAAAUCGCGGAGACAAAUUUUCGCGGAACGGUCCAAUUUGGGCAUCGUAGAAAUAUUCACGCAAUUUUUGAAUUCGUGGACACACAGGCCUAAAAUCACAAAUUCGCGCACGGCAAAAUAUCCACUCAAGUGAGGCUACUACAAGGGAUUUAACUCGCAUAAAACACAGACGAAUCGGGAAAAUGUCACGGAUCAGUCAUGGGUACAUAACGGUACAUAAUGAGUAUUAACUUGUAAUAUUGAAUAUGAGCAAAACUACGUCAUUAAUCUGUUUGUGAUUUGUUGUCAUUUGCCUAAAUUUACUCUUAGUAUACUUUUCCCAAAGCUUUUCAAUCAUUUUCAAUCAUUGUUAAAAUGUUCUGAAAGUGGUUGCUUGUUGAUAGCUCCGAUAAAACGCCGGACCACCUGCUUAGUCCGCAAAAAGCAAAAAAAAAAAACAACAAAAAAACAAAAACAACAACAACAAAGAGGAUAGCGAGAUUAUAAUAUUUGGGAAUAGUGGUGAUUACAUGUACUGUAUCGUUUUUAAUACACGUACUGUGACAUGUGUAUGUAUAUUAUGCUUGUUUUGAAUGCCGUAUUUGACACUCUUUAUUGUGCGUGUUUGCAAGUGUUUUGUUUGCAAAUGUUUGUUUAAACAGAACAAGAAACAACAAUUUCUUUUUCAAUAAAUUAAUAAAUUAAAAUAACUUUCAAGUUGUUUAUAGUUAUUAAAUACAUAAAAGUACAUGAAGGUACAAAUGUAUAAUGACAGGUUCAUGCAUACUUUACAGACUAAAUUGAGAUGGUUCAUAUUUGCGCGAAAAUAUGACUUUUCAGUAGAAAUUUGUGUAGAAUUAAUUGCGGUAAUCAUGAAUUCGCGGACUGCCGAACACCGCGAAUAUCGCGAAAAUUUGAAGCCCGCGAAUAUUUCUACACUUACAGUAGUUUUUCCUUGUUAAGAGCUUAACUUUAAAAGUAAUGAAGACAUUUCAAUGGAACUUGAAUUACAGGUACAUGUAUAUACUAGUGAGAGGGAAUAAAAUGCAUAAGUACCAUGAC